GCGACUUCCUGAAGACGCUGCAGGACAACGACAUCAAUGUGCGGCGAGUCGCUUUAGUGAUGUUUAACUCUGCGGCUCACAACAAACCAUCUCUGAUCCGAGGUCUCCUAGCAACAGUGCUGCCUCACCUCUACAAGGAGACCCAGAUCAGGAAGGACCUCAUCCGAGAAGUGGAGAUGGGUCCAUUCAAACACACUGUGGACGACGGUCUGGAUGUGCGUAAAGCAGCGUUUGAGUGCAUGUACACUCUGCUGGACAGCUGCCUGGAGGCGCUGGACGUCCUGCAGUUCCUGGAUCAUGUGGAGGAAGGACUCAAAGAUCACUAUGAUAUCAGGAUGCUGACCUUCCUGAUGUUAGCCAGACUGGCCUCUCUGUGUCCUGCAGCUGUUCUCCAAAGACUGGACAGACUGAUCGAGCCACUGAAAGCUACCUGCACCACCAAG